AUGGGUUUCCUCGGUGUCUAUACGGCCAUCUACGAUUACCUCCCCCAAGCGGAGGGGGAAUUAGAGCUGCGCGAAGGCGAUCUGCUGUACAUCCUCGACAAAGGCGAAGAUGAUGAUUGGUGGAAGGCUAAGAAGAAGGCCGAGCGUGAGGAUGAUGAUGAACCCGAGGGUCUCGUCCCAAACAACUACGUCGAGGAGGCUCAACCGGUUCACUCGGCCAAAGCACUUUACGACUAUACACGCCAGACGGAUGAGGAGGUCUCCUUCUCCGAAGAUGCAGACUUGAUCGUGUAUGACACGUCCGACCCGGACUGGACCCUUGUCGGUGUCAACUCGGAUUACGGCUUCGCCCCCGCGAACUACAUUGAGAUCAUCGAAGAUGCAGGCGCGCACCAUGCCCCUGCACCAGCCAUUCCGUCUCCUCCCCCCGCUGAACCCGAACCCGAACCGGCGCCACCCGCCCUCCCGCAGCGACCGACGAAUCCUGCCGCCGCGGCCAUCGCAGAUAUCAUCCACAAGCAGCAUGCCGCUGCGACAGAACCGGAACCGCCGAGGGCCGUCCCCCCGCCCCCUCAGCCGGCACGUCCAGCGUACGAUGAGCCCGAGGAGCCCUACAGGAACGAGCCCUCGCCACCACCGCCUGCGUUACCACAGCGUCCCCCGUCUGAGCAGAUCUCGUCGCCAGUCACGCUGGAUUCUCCCCCCGAGCCCGCUCGGCCCCCUCGUCCUCAGAUCUCUUCGCUGCGCGACAGUGACCGCGGCGGCCAUGUGCAGGAAUCGCCCCCGUACAACAGAGUCGGCCAACCAACCCCUCGUUCCCCCUCCGGCUAUCAUAUCUAUAACAUCAAUGAGAUGGUGGAAGUGAUGGGCAAGCGCAAAAAGAUGCCCACCACCUUGGGUAUCAACGUCGCAACCGGAACCAUCUUUAUCUCGCCCGAGGAGGGUGGUGAUGUGCAGGAAUGGACCGCAGACAAGCUCACUCACUACUCGAUUGAAGGGAAACACGUCUUUGUGGAUCUUGUCCGGCCCAGUAAGAGCGUCGAUUUCCACGCGGGUGCCAAGGACACGGCUCGGGAGAUUGUCUCAGCCCUUGGUGAGAUCUCCGGCGCUUACCGCGCAGAGGGUCUGAAGGAGGUUAUCGCCGCCGGCACCAGUGGGGGACAGAAGAAGGGCCAGAUUCUCUAUGACUUUAUGGCUCAAGGCGAUGAUGAGGUGACGGUGGCUGCGGGCGACGACGUCAUCGUCCUGGAUGACGGCAAGUCUGAAGAGUGGUGGCAGGUGCGGCGUUUGAAGAACGGAAAGGAGGGUGUCGUCCCCAGUAGCUACAUUGAGAUUACCGGCACCGUCUCGACUCCGGUGAUUAGUUCCGAGCCGGGCCUUUCCACUGUAGAGAAGAACCGCAUGGAGGAAGCGCGGCUAACCAAGGAAGCUUUGCGCAAGUCGCGGACCGAUUCAAUUGACGGCCAGAAACGCGAUAGCAAGAGCAGCCACAAGCCGAAACCGGAUCCGGCUAAGACAAGGCAAUGGACUGAUCGCACCAAGACGUUCACUGUCGAGGCGCAAUUCAUUGGCCUGCAGGAUGGCAAGAUUCAUCUGCACAAGAUGAACGGCGUGAAAAUCGCGGUUCCCAUCCCGAAGAUGUCCGUUGAGGAUCUCGAGUAUGUAGAGAAGAUGACAGGCGUAUCCCUCGACGAGGACAAGCCGUUGUCGGACAUCAGACGCCGUUCUCAACGCGUCGAGCCUGAAAAGGCCCGGUCUCCCUCCGAGGGCAAGCGUGCUUCAGCUACUGCCGGAGCUUCCUUCCAACAAUCCGACUAUGAUUGGUUUGACUUCUUCCUCAAGGCCGGCGUUGGCCCGCACCAAUGCGAGCGGUAUGCCCAGAAUUUUGUCAAGGACUCCAUGGACGAGGCCGUGCUUCCGGACAUCACCCCAGAGGUCCUGCGCACGCUGGGUCUCAAGGAGGGCGAUAUUUUGCGUGUCAUGCGCUAUCUGGACAACAUGUUUGGCCGCACCGGAGCCAAGUCGAAGCUACGUAACGUGAGCUUUGGCGGAGAAGAAGUCAUCGGGAACGGCGAAGAAGGUGCCGCCGGCAUUUUCUCUGGCCCUGGAGGUGUCCUGCGCAACAACACUCGUAAAGGCCGGCCCGCUCCCAACACGCCAGCCGGCGAUGUUGUCGACCCUAAGGCCUUUGAGCAGAAGGAUGCUUCGCAGCCUGCGGAGCGCAGCGCGACACCACCCACCGCUGCUGCACCUUCCGAACCCCCGGUUCAGAAGGGCUUCGACGACGACGCCUGGGAGGUGAAACAGCCCAAGCAACCUGCUGCUCCCGCCGCCGCUCCAGCUCCUUCGACGCCAGCUACUCCCUCAAGCCCCCCUCCGGCCGCGUCCUCUCCCGCCACUACACAACCACCGGCUCAGCAACCACUUGCAGGCGCCAUGGCUGACCUGUCUUUGCUUCAAGCUCCUCUCCAACCUACGCCUGCGGCUCCUGCCCCGCAAUCUCCGCCGGCGCCCUUGCCAGCUCUUCAGCCACAGCCAACCAUCCAACCUCAGAACACUGCGGUGCCCGCACCGCAAGUGCAACCACAGCAGACUGGAGCCACGCCGGGCUUUUUCUCCCAGCUGGCACAAGCCGCGCAACAGCCUGCUCCGAGUGCCCAAGGGUUCAGUCCUCAAGCAACGAGCUUCCAGCAGGCUUCAAGACAACGUCCCCAGCCGCCUCAGAACAUGGGGCAAAGCUCUUUGCUUCCUCCGCCACCUCAGCGACCCCUCUCCGCACCCCAGAACUUCCCUCAGCAGCCAAACUCGUUUGGUCCGCCUCCAUUGCAACCUCAACUGACUGGUAUUCCUCAAUCGGGACCUCAGAUUGCUCCGCCGGGACAGAGUCUGGCCGAAUUGAACCAGCAACGGUUCCAGCACACUCUCCAGCCGCAACCUACUGGUUUCAUGCCUCAGGCUCAAUUCCAGAAUGGAUUGGCGCCGCAGCCCACCGGCUUCCAGCCGCAGUCCCAGUUCGGGAUUCAGCAGCAGCAGACUGGAUACCCGGGCCUGAUGCCACAGCCUACAGGCUUUGGGGGCUUCCAGCCGCAACCCCAGCAGCCAAUGCAGACCGGCAUCAAUUCCGUUCUGCCUCCGCCUCUGCAGCCUCAGCCUACAGGUAUGAAUGGUGUUGGCAGCAUGCCUUACAGCGCACCUCCUGUGCCCCCAAUCCCGCAACAACCUACGGCUGCACCAUUGCAGCCACAGCCGACCGGACCCGCCCCUGCUGUCCGGUUUGGCGUUAAGAACGACCCUCCCAAGAAGCUCGCUCCUCAGCCAACCGGUCUCCGGGCCAAUCUCGCACAAGCCACGCCCACCAAUCCGUUUGGAUUUUAA